AUGGGCGAAACCAAAGAGAGCCAUGAAGAGCGAACGGCCCACGAGCCACGCGAAGCGACACUGCAUUCCGUCGUCUUGGUCAAGAUUACACCCGUCGGCAGCCUUGUCCGCUUGCUGCGUCUUCAAAUCCCAGAAGGAUCACCAGACAUCCCCUUCCUUCCUGGCCAAUGGGUCGAUUUGUUCUGUCCUGGCAUCGCGAAAGCUGGUGGCUUCACAAUCACAUCGUCGCCGUCCAAGGCAGGACCAGGAGCCAGCACACCCGACCGGUACAUUGAACUGGCCAUCAAGAAGUCGCCGGAGAACCCUGUGGCCGCAUGGCUGUGGCAGGAUUCGGCGACGAUCCUCGGCCAGAGGCUGCAGAUUCGCGUCGGCGGCAGCUUCGUUUUCCCACCGCCCGGCGCCCCUUCCUCGUUUGCCACGGACCGGUCUGCGCGUGUCGUUUUUGUGGCUGGUGGUGUAGGCAUCAACCCAUUGAUUAGCAUGGCGAGUCACCUGGGCGAACUCAACGGCGCGAAUCCGUCCCAAGGAGGGACGGGUGGGCCAGACGUAGUAUUUCUCUACUCUGUCCAAGUAGACCCAGAGGUGGUUCCCAAGGGAAACAAAGAUGGCGACAACGAAGCAGAUCGCAUUCCCUUUCUCCAACGGUUGGCCUCACUCUUCAGCCGAGAGGCAAUCCGAGGCGAACUGAGGGUAUUUUUGACGGACAAUCGUGCCAGCAACAAGGUUGACGCAGAUUCGGCCAACGACGUGCUGUCAUGCAACGAAGAAAAAGUACCUUGUCUCCGGCGACGUAUCACGACGGCCGACCUAGACAAGGCGAUAUUGGGGAAGAGCGAUCGUGCCAGUAGCCAUGGCCUUGACAAUAUCUAUGUCUAUAUCUGUGGUGUGCCCACAAUGACAGAUGUCUUCGUGAAGUACUUGACGGGGGAGGACGGUCCCGGCCUAUCGCCGCGCCAGGUUUUAUGUGAGAAGUGGUGGUGA